AAAAUUAAAAAAAAAACAAAAAAAAAAGACACAAAAAUCUGUGGCGACCGAAACAAGUUGAGAGAGAGAGAAUGGUAAAUAGUAGCAUAAGCAUCUCGAGACCAGUUUUUUCUCAUGGCUUCUCUCCACCUGCUGCUACUACGACAUCAAGAAGAUGUUCUCUGAUCAGGAUAGACAGGAGAUCUCAUUGCUCUGUCACAGUCAAGUGCUACUGUACUUCUUCCACAGGGUUUCUUGAUUUAAAAUGUUCAUUGGAGAAGCCAAUUGGAAACCUGGCUUUGAGAAAGCAUCUAGUUUCAGGGUUGGCAGCUAUUUUGCUUUUAUCUCAGGCAGGCCAGGGUGUUGCGUUGGAUCUCUCGUCUGGUCAUCAGAACAUUUGCCAACUAGGCAGUGCUGCUGUGGAAGAAAACAACAAGCUGACUCUUCCACUUGAAAGUCCAUCUGAUGGUGGUGACCCGGAAACAAUGAUGAUGAUGAUGAUGAGAGGCAUGACUGCUAAGAACUUUGACCCAGUUAGGUACUCUGGAAGAUGGUUCGAAGUAGCUUCUCUUAAGCGUGGCUUUGCAGGUCAAGGCCAAGAAGACUGCCACUGCACCCAGGGGGUAUACUCGUUUGAUAUGAAGGAACCAGCCAUCCGGGUAGAUACGUUUUGUGUACACGGCAGCCCUGAUGGGUAUAUAACAGGAAUCAGAGGAAAAGUUCAAUGCAUUGGAGCAGAAGACCUGGAGAAAAGCGAGACUGACUUAGAAAAGCAAGAGAUGAUUAAAGAGAAGUGUUUCCUUCGAUUUCCAACUAUUCCUUUCAUCCCCAAGUUGCCUUAUGAUGUCAUAGCCACUGACUACGACAACUACGCUCUAGUUUCUGGCGCCAAAGACAAGGGCUUUGUUCAGAUAUACUCAAGGACACCUAACCCAGGACCUGAGUUCAUCGCCAAGAACAAGAACUACUUGGCACAGUUUGGCUAUGAUCCGGAAAAAAUCAAAGAUACACCACAGGACUGUGAAGUGAUGUCUGAUGGUGAGCUAGCUGCCAUGAUGACCAUGCCAGGUAUGGAGAAAACGCUGACAAACCAGUUUCCAGAUCUGGAAUUAAGAAAGUCAGUCCAGUUUGAUCCCUUCACAAGUGUGUUUGAAACCUUGAAGAAACUUGUCCCUCUCUAUUUCAAGUAGACCAGCUACUUCUGUUGAAGCUUUUAAAAUUCUUGUGUAUAUGGUUAUACACUUGACUGAGUGUAUAUAAAUCUUCUAACAGUCUUCUGAUCAUAUACUUGAGUUCUUUAUCAACCAA